AUCACGUGGCCUCUUAGAUAACUAGGGAAUCCAUUAGAUGAUGUUAUCGUCGUUGUUUCCUUGCCAACCCUGCUCGACUUGCUGAAACAAAACACAUAAAACCCAGCAAACCAGUGUUUGGCGAGGUGUUGCAGACAUCAACACGCAAAUACGCACAACGUCUCUGCGUAACUGCAUCGAUGAACAACCACAGUGUUCCUCUAUCGCCCGUAUUGCCACUCACAAGUUUUGGAAACGUGUUGGUGUUCCUCUUCAGCAUUCUUCUGGCGACGACCAUCAUUUUUCUCAACUUCUCGGUGCUACUGUCCAUUCUGAUGAACAAAUCGCUGCGCAACGAGAACCGUUUCAUGUUCAUGUUGAGCACCUGCCUGAGUGACAUCUGCUCCGGGGUGUCUUAUUAUUAUGCUGGUGUUCUCGACGUGAGGGACCACUACACCUCUCCCAAUAGAACCUUCUACAUCGCCCCUACAUUCCUCGGGCUGUCAUACAUGGCCAUAAUCGCUGCUCAGGCAGACCGUUACCAUGCGGUGGCUUCUCCUUUCAAAUAUUCCCAACGAAUGACCAGAAACAGGACCCUUCUUGUCAUUCUUGUUUACUGGGUAUAUGCCUUCGUCAUUGUCGCUGUCAACAACCUAGUUCCAGUGGGGACAGCCAAAAGAGUCACUGGCAUCGGUUCGUUCCUGGGGAACAUAUGCACUGUCAUAAUUAUGAUUGGUCUGAAUAUCCGACUGUACUACAUUGCCACGUUUCAGUUGAUGAAGGAGCCGCCCUCCGCAGACAGGGAUGGCAAACGCUCCUCGAUUUAUCUCGUCGUGAUCGUUGCUGUGUUUUUUCUAGGGGCCUGGUUGCCCCUAUUCAUUCACAUUAUUGUGUGUAGUUUCAGCGGCACUACGUGUUAUUCGUUUAAGAACGAAGGCACUGACCCCAUUCGUAUUCUGCCCCGCCUUAACGCCGUGAUCACCCCUGUUCUGUAUACCAGAGGGUGCACUGCGCUCAGAGAAAGUCUUUUCACCCACGUCUGGCGAUCCUGCUGCCGGAGGUGAGAGUGAAGACUGUUUGCAUUAGGACUAUAGGCCUGCACUGCCUUGAUUUACCACAUGUUUGUCCAGCAUGCUAUAAGUGCAUGGACAAUACAGCCAAGGGACAUUUAUAUUGGUUAAUACAUAGCCUACAUUUCGAUAAAGUAGUUGAACGAAAACUUUUGCAUUCUGUAUCCAUCACUAAUAUUUUUUUUAUUUAUCUUUAAAGCUUAAAUCCCGGAAUAAGGGGACCAGGGCCCUGUAAACAAAAUCCCCACGGUCUACAGGAUGAAGAAAAAGAGUUAAGAGUGACGGAUAGUGAAGUGGAUGCCGAACACAUAAACAUUCAGAAUCAGAAUCCAUUUAUCUCGAUAGACCCAUUGGCCUUUCAAGCCUGUUCCCAUUGAACUCACCCCAUUCCAACAUGUUGUAGCCUAAAGGCGAUGAUGUGUUAAUUCACACAGAGUUACAAAUUACAAAGAGUUAUUGUUUCCUUUUAUGUCACCUGAAUUGCCUGACUAACCGUUUAGCAAAAUGUGAAUAACGCUCAUGUAGUUUCUCCGAGGAGGAGCACGUAGGCUAUGGUCCAAAAUAAGCGUUUAUUUUUAUUUUUUUAAUCUUUCUAUGUCAUCAGUCCCGGGGGUGCAUUUCUCCCACAAACCACAGCGUGUCAGGAGAACCCUUUGGCACGCCGCCAUACCGUACACUGACCGUGGGCUAUUCAUGGAAUUCCCCUGCAGCAAGAGGCUACGGACCAUUUCCCAUGAUGUUUUAAAGGUGACAAUAAUGUAGGCCUAUUGCCCAAGCGGUCAGGUAAUGGUGAUUCAAAAUAAAUAAUAAUAGGCCUACCAUAUGAUAUAUAGGCUGGUUUAGCUAAUCCCAAUGUGUGACCAAAGACGGUCCACAACUGGAACCUCUGAUUAACGUUCCGCAUUAUAUCUAAAUUGUUCACCAGAUGACGUGCAACUUGGCUAAUGCGUGAUGAUAAAAUAAAAACAAGUCAUUGAUAAAGGGGCCGGGAUGUUAUCUCUGAAUGCUCGGUGGUCUUCGUGAGGAGGAGCCAACACUUCCGCUUCCAACAUCUGCGGCACACUGUUGGCUACCCUUGGAUGCAUUAUUACUGGCUUCUACUAAAUAUGUAUCUUGGAUGUUAGUUGGUUAUCAGCUCUACAUUAAAACUUGAAUUGGAAUAAAAUAAACUUGCCUUGAUUGACAAGGCCUUUACCAACAGUGCACGCGUCACUAUGUUGUUAUUGCCUAAAUGUAGACGGUGGAAGGUUUUGGAAGGAGGGGAGGCAAUAUUGGCCUAACUAUUUUCGAAAUGCAAUGGUUUUAUGCUAUUGUAGCAUGUUUUGGCAUAAUAGUAUUGAUCGAUAAAUAAGGUUCACCCGAAAUUUAGUAGAUUCAUUAGGGAACACGUCGCGACAUAUUAAUCCACCAAAUAGCCUAUAUCAAUGUAUACCACGGGGAUUAAAUUUGUGAGUGAUUGUAAACGAAUACAAGCUAUUCCCGCAUUCCCACAUUCAUGAAUAAAUACUCAACCUAUAACUUGUAUGGCAGCGAUUCUGUAUGUAAUAUACUCCAUUCUUCACCUGAUAUUUGUGAUGAAAGAGAUUGGGCUAAGAAAU